AUGUCGGGCUACGAGUUGGACGUAAAAUCGUUUGAAAAGCGCUACAAAAAGAUCCAGUCAGCAUGGCAUGAUACAGAGAAUGAGGACUAUGCAGCAUUUCGUAAUGUGGAGGCAAUAAUAGUCCCAGUCGGUGAUCUGGAUGAAGACUCAACUUUCAGAAAGUCUACGUCGCUUCAGAACUGGUUACUAGGAUAUGAAUUCCCAACUACUAUCUCAGUCUUUUUACCAGAUAACACAAUUAUAUUUAUCGCAUCAAACACCAAAACCAAAAUUCUCAAGCAGCUCGAGAACGCUGCAGAUAUCAACGUAGAACUUGUCACAAAGACUAAAGACCAAGAAGCAACGAAAAAAGCUUUGGAGGGUGUAGUCGACAAGCUCUCAGGCAAGACUAUUGGUCUUUUCAUGAAAGAGGAAGCCACCGGUAAAUCCAUCGAGGAUUGGAAUAACAUUAGCAGCGGUAAAUUUGGUCAAGAGGUCGAUAUCACUCCCGCUAUGGCUUCAGUCACCGCGCCAAAAGAUCUGAAUGAGCAGAGGAAUCACAAGUACGCUUCACAGCUCUCUUCUCAUCUCCUUAAAUGGGGUAUUGAUAAGAUUAUGGGUUACAUCGACUCUGAGAAGAAGAUAAACCACUUUGCCGUUGCGGAAUUGAUCGAGCGCAAGGCUGCAAAAAAUGAAGAUCAUACAGAUGCUAAUGAUUUGACAUUCUGGAAGAAACUUAAGAACUUUAAUGAGAUUGAGUAUAGCUCCAGCGAAACAGUCUACACUCCAAUCAUACAGUCAGGCGGUGAAUACAACCUCAAGCCAUCUGCAAUGUCAAACGAAAACAAUCUCAAAGCAGGUGUUAUUACCGCUUCUUUGGGUAUGAGAUACAAGUCGUAUUGCUCUAAUAUCGGAAGAACUUUCUUCAUCGAUCCUCACAAAUCACAGGAAGAGAACUACACCUUCUUACUCGAACUUCAAAAGCGCGUACUUAGCAAGAUGACGCCAGGAACCCAAUUAUCCACUAUAUAUGAAACAGCCGUCGACUUUAUACGCAAAACCAAACCAGACCUUUUAGACAAGCUGAGUAAAAACUUAGGUUUUGCUACUGGUAUUUACUUCCGCGAUUCCACAUUUAUGAUAAGUCAAAAAUCAACAAGAACGAUUUCCAAAGGGAUGGUUUUCAACUUGGCGAUUGGUUUCACGGAUAUCAAGGAUCCAAAGUCAUCCGGAAAGAACUACGCUUUGUCGCUCAUCGAUACUGUCUUGGUCACAGAUGAAGGUGGUAAUUGCCUGACUGAGGGUAACAAGUCAAACAGAGAUGUCAUGCUUUUCAUGGAGAACGACGACGAGGAAGAUACCGAUGUAGAGGUAAAACCAAAGAAAGCCAGCUCACCAAAGAAGAAGAGACCUUCGGGUGAUCUUGACGGGGCUGUUGUUGGUAGCAGGAUGUUGCGCGGUAAGACUCGUAACGCUGGCCGUGAGACUGACCAAUCCACUUCCCACAAAAUCAAGGAGCACCAAAGAAUCCUCCAUGAGGCUAAGAACGAAGAAGGCCUUCAACGUUUCGCUGGUGGUAAAGAUUCUUCAAAUGGCUCCCAACCCGGUGUGUUCAGGAGGUUCGACUCUUACAAGCGCGAGCAACAAGUGCCUAUCAACAGAGAUUUGAGAAUUUUAGUGGACACUAAAGCACAAACUGUAAUUAUUCCAAUCAACGGGUUCAUUGUACCUGUUCAUGUUUCAACAAUCAAGAACACCAGCAAGACAGAGGAGGGUGACUACACUAGCUUGAGAAUUAACUUCAUUACCCCAGGCCAAUCUGUUGGUAAGAAGGAAGACAUGGUGUUCGAAGAUCCUGAUUCUAUGUUUAUUAGGUCGGUCACAUUCAGAUCUACUGAUAAGUUGAGAUUCUCCGACUUAAAUAAGGACAUCAACGAAUUGAAGAAGUUGUCUACGAAGCGCGCAGCCGAAAAACGUGAAAUGGCUGACGUUGUUGAACAAGAGAAGCUUACGGAGAUAAGGGGCCGCAGACCAACUAGAUUAGGUGAGGUUUUUGCUCGUCCAAUCGAGGGAAAGCGUCUGGCUGGUGAUCUUGACAUACACGCCAACGGUGUAAGAUACACGACGCCAACGAGGGAUCAAAAAAUAGAUGUUCUUUUCAGCAACGUCAAGCACUUCUUCUUCCAACCAUGUGAACAUGAAUUAGUCGUUCUUGUUCACUUCCACCUCAAGGCGCCAAUCAUGAUAGGUAAAAAGAAAACUAGGGAUGUUCAAUUUUACCGUGAAGCAAGCGAUGCAUCUUUCGAUGAUACUGGUAAUCGCAAACGUAAAAUUAGAUACGGUGAUGAGGAUGAAAUUGAGUUGGAACAGGAAGAACGUAGACGUCGCAAUGCUCUCAACAAAGAAUUUAAAGCCUUUGCUGAGAAAGUCGCCGAAGCCUCGGAGGAUAGAUUCGACGUUGAUAUCCCAUACCGUGAGCUUGGUUUCCAGGGUGUACCAAACAGAACUGGUGUACUUUUGCAGCCAACGACUGAAUGUUUAGUUCAACUUACUGACCCACCUUUCACCAUAAUUACAUUGGCAGAAGUUGAGUUGGCACACUUGGAAAGAGUCAGUUUUGGUUUGAAGACAUUUGAUAUCGUCUUUGUGUUUUCAGACUUCACCAAACCGGUGAUGCACAUCAACUCUAUCCAAGCAUCUCAGCUCGACAACGUCAAGGAAUGGCUUGAUUCAUCCGACAUUCCACUUUCUGAAGGUCCUGCUUCAUUGAACUGGGGAGCUGUUAUGAAGACAGUCAACGAAGAUCCAAAGGACUUUUUCGAGUCUGGUGGAUGGACAUUCCUUGGUGGAUCGGGUGAAGCUGAACAAGGCAGUGACGAAUCUGAGCCUGAAUCUACGUAUGAUAUGUCCGAGGAUGCAUCCGACGAUGAUGAUGAAGGUAGCGACGACUUUGAUGAUUCAGAUGGAGGUUCAGAGUCUGACGCUUCUGAUGCGUCAGAGGUAUCUGGUGAAUCUUGGGAUGCGCUUGAGCGCCGCGCUGAGAAGAGUGAUCGCAAACACUAUAAGGGUGGCGAGGAAGAAGCCGAGUCCAAGUCAAAAGGCAGGAGACGUUAA